AUGCGCUCAUUUACCAGCGCCGCCGCGCUGCUGACUCUCGCCGCCGGCGCUUCCGCUAAGCUGCAGUACCUCGGCGUCGCCAUGGCCGGCAUCGACUUUGGCUGCGACAUUGACGGCACCUGCCCGCUCAAGACGGUCGCCCUGCCUCUCAAAAACUAUGGCGGCGCCGACGGCAAGGCCCAGAUGGAGCACUUUGUGAAAGACGACAAGCUCAACAUCUUCCGCCUGCCCGUCUCCUGGCAGUUCCUCACCGGCGACAAGGGCGGCAGCACCCUCGACACCCAGGGCUGGGAGAGCUACGACACUCUGAUGCAGACGUGCUUCGACACGGGCGCCUACUGCAUGAUUGACUUGCACAACUUCGCGCGCUACGACAAGGGCAUCAUCGGCCAGGGCGGGCCCUCGGACGACACCUUUGCCCAGCUCUGGGCCAACAUUGCCAAAAAGUACGCCGACAACGAAAAGGUCGUCUUUGGCCUGAUGAAUGAGCCGCACGACCUCGACACGGCCAAAUGGGCCGACACCUGCCAGGCCGCCGUCACCGCCAUCCGCAAGGCCGGCGCCAAGACGCAAAUCAUCCUGCUCCCCGGCAACAACUUCUCCAGCGCCACCGACUUUGUGGCCAACCAGAGCGCCGAUCUCCUCGGCAAAAUCACCAACCCCGACGGCACCACCGACGGCCUGCUGCUCGACCUGCACAAGUACCUCGACAUCAACAACUCGGGCCAGCACGAGGAGUGCACCACCGACAACGUCGAGGGCUUCAAGACGAUUGCCAAGUGGCUGCGCGACAACAACCGCACCGCCAUGGUCUCCGAGACGGGCGCCUCCAUGGACCCGACGUGCAUGGUCAAGUUUUGCGCGCAGAACAAGUACCUGAGCGAAAACACGGACGUCUUUGUCGGCUUCGUCGGCUGGAGCGCCGGCAGCUUCGACGAGACGUACAUCAUGUCCCUGACACCCUCGGGCUCGCCGGGUGAUUACACCGACAACAAGCUCAUGAAGCAGUGCAUCCUCGACGUCUUCAACGGCCAGUACAGCCCCCCUUCGUCCACCAGCUCCUCCUCCGCACGCCCUUCCACCUCGGGCACCGCCACCACCCAGAGCCCGCAGCGGACGAGCGACUCCAUCUUUCACGAGAGCCCCAGCUCGACGCCGUCGCACACGCCUGCUAACGGUGCGGCCUCGCGCCUCUCAAGCAGCAUUGCUCUCGCUGCUUUUGCCGCCGGAGCGGGUCUGUUCCUCAUGGCCCAUUAG